AUGCCUAAGCAGCAUGUCAUCUUCGGGCGGCCUGUGCCACGGCUCUCCUCCCGUCGCAUAUCGGUUCUCUUGGCCAGUCUCGCCAUCUUCGCCGUCUUCAGCCUGCUCUUCACAGCUCCCUCGUCAAUCCCGGGGCCGAACCUCUCCAUAUCCGACCACAAGUUUUCCAUGUCAAUACCCAAGUGGAAGUCCCUACCAUCAUGGAACCCGUUCAAAUCACCAGCCCACGCCCCCCAAAGACAAGCCAACGACACCGACGGCCAGUCGUCGUGGUUCUCCGAUUGGAGAUGGCUCGCUAUCCCCUUCAGCUCGAGUUACACCCUGGAUGAGAGCAGGGCCUUGUUGCCCUUCAUGCCGACAAGGACGGAGGUAUACUGCUACUAUGAUACCACAAUUAAAAGGGAUGCCACAACCAAGCAGGCGGAGAACGAGAUUCUGCUGACAUGGAGGCGCGCAUGGUGGGCGCAAGGCUUCAAGCCUAUCAUUUUGAGCGAUGCGGAAGCCACGAGCAACCCCUUAUAUGAAGAGCUGAUGCGCAUGGUGGAUAUCGAUCCGGCUCUGAAAACCGACUUGAUGAAGUGGUUGGCCUGGGAGAACAUGGGCGGCGGGUUGCUAACGCAUCAUCUUACUUUCCCCAUGGCCGCCCAUGACGACCCAUUGUUGACCUAUCUGCGCCGCGGCGAGUACCAAGGCUUGACGCGGUGGGAGGAACUCGAGGAUGGGCUUUUCGCGGGAUCCAAGCAGGAUAUCAUGGCAGCCAUCAAAGCCGUCUUUGGCAGCUCCAAGGUGAAGCUUGCCAAAGACUUUCUCUCUGCUCUACCGGCUGAGGAGGAUAAAGAGAAGAAGCUAUUCUGGGUGGACAAGCCUGCAAAGUCGUUGGCCUACUACAACUCCAACACACUGGCACAAAAGUACGACAAGGUUGCAAAGGCCAUUACGACCAAUGGCGCGAAAGGCUUAGACAGCCUGAACCAGCUCAUCACCUCCCACCUACACCUCACCUGGCAGAACAACUUCAAGAAGGGCAUCGCGGUGCUGAAGCCACUCCCACACCACACUACGACCAUGGUCCAGCCGGCAGUCGAGCUGGCCAAUCGGCUACAGAAAUGUACCGAGUCGCCCCUCCAAACGUCCUGCCCGCCCAACAACCCCAAGUGCGCCCCAUGCGUCUCAUCCUCGCCUCUCAAGAUUGCUAGUCCCAGCAGAUACCGUAACACAACCGGCUUAUACACCAUUGGCACCGUCCCCCACCCAUACACCCUACACACUUUGAACGAGCUCAAAGACGAGCUCACUGUUCCCUGGAUCCGCCGCGACUGUCCACGUGAUACCUGGCUCGCCGAGGUGACCAAGGAAUACCUUGGAACCGGAGUGGGCGGCGCUCCGCGCGUUCUGCGCUUCAAAGAGGCUGUGGCGGCGGAGUUCGCAGCCUCGAAGUCCAUCUGGCUCACUGCCGAGCAGGAACUGCCAGACGACCUUGACUGGCACUUUGGCUUCGACGUCCCAACGGAGGGUCUCGACCAGGGCAAGUCAGAGACGCCAGUCCCCGGGCCGGAGAGGAGACCACAGCCGGUGCACGACCCCUUAGACGGCCCUGUCGCUAACCCUGAGGAGCUGAAGAAGGAGCCUCGGCUUCUCGAGCGGGCCAAGGACGUGGUCGGCGCGACCAAGGACAAGAAGAACUUGGCGUUAAGAACUGCGAUCGAGGCGUGGAACCUGGCGGACACGGAGGCUUGGAAGUUUGCGAGGGCGUUCCUGGCCCGGGAGGGUAUGGAGAGGAGGAAGUUCUCUCAGGAGGAGAGCAAGUACGCCCACGGCAUCGGUACUGAGGUGGAAGCAAGGGACGGCGCAGGUUGGGGGAGGUGGCUCGACAAAGGGCACUCGUGA